AUGUCUCUGAAGAGCCAAGACAAUAAUCAAGUCACAAAUGUGUUGAGUCAUACACAGAUACAAAGCCAUGAGGUUGAUUUACAAGCCUUGACAUCGCAUCCAUUAUCGAUUGGAGAAGUUGCGACAACGUUGACUAAUGCUCAAAAGGAUUUUGUUUUGCACAGAUUGCAUUUUGACGCUUUGGAAUCGUUUGAUGAGUUGCCUCCGCAAGCUACUUUUAUUUUUGAAAAGAUUGAAGAAAUGUCCACAGAGGAGGCGGUUGAAAUAUUGAAAAAAGCCAUUAAAGAGCAUGAAAAUGAUGUGAAUAUUUUGGAGCCAGACGUGGAGUUGUGGAAACAAUUGAUCGAUUAUAGGGCACCUGAAAGUGAACUCAAGAAAAAAUUGGGCAAGGUUUUUGCAGAAAAGUCGAGUAAGCCAGAGUCAGCUGAUGAAACAGAACAAUCGCAUGGCUUCGCUAAUAAGUUAGGCUCAAUUAUUCAUACCGUUAGAGGUAUUCUGGAUAGAGAAGAAAAGCACUCCUUCGCCUCAGAAAGAAACUCUUCAUCCUUGAGUGAAACUGAUGAACAUAAAGUUAACUACUAUGACGUUGUGGACUGGAGCUUACAAGUAAGAUUGGAAGCUGUCAUUAUUGCUUAUUGGUCCCCUUACCCUCAAGUUAGAGCUGUCACUGACCCAUUCGAUGAUCCAACAAUACCAGUGGAGACAUUCAGAGUCUACUUGAUAUCGUUAAUCUGGGUUGGUUUAGGUGCAGUCAUCAAUCAGUUCUUUGUUGAAAGAUAUCCAAGUAUUAGUCUUGGAAUGUCUGUUGUUCAAGUGUUUUUGUAUCCAAGUGGAAAGUUUUUGGAAUGGGCUUUACCAAAAUGGAAGUUUAAGUUGUUGGGAUUGGAAAUUGACUUGAACCCAGGUCCUUAUUCAUUCAAGGAGCAAAUGUUGGCCACCAUCACGUGUGGUGUUUCAUCAGGUACUUCGUAUGUCCACUACAACAUAUUGAUGCAAAAGUCUGAAAGGUUUUAUGGCAAUCAGUGGGCAGACUUUGGAUAUCAAGUGUUGCUUACGUUAUCCACUCAAUACAUGGGAUUUUCAUUAUGUGGGUUGCUUAGAUCUUUUGCCGUUUACCCAGUGAAAGCGGUGUGGCCACAAUAUUUACCAAAUAUCAAGUUGAACAAGAUUUUGACAUCACCAGAGAAAAAGACAAACAUCAAUGGAUGGACGAUUUCAGGGUACAAUUUGUUCUUUAUCACAAGUGCAAUAUCAUUCUUGUACUUUUGGGUGCCUGACUACUUGUUCACAUCAAUCUCACAAUUCAAUUGGAUGACAUGGAUUAAGCCUGACAACUUCAACCUCGCUCUUGCUACUGGCUCUUAUGGUGGGCUUGGUGUCAAUCCAAUUCCCUCGUUUGACUUCAAUAUAAUUGGUACUGCUGGUUUUUACUACCCCUUCUAUUCCACCAUAAUAAGCUACCUUGGUUUGGUUGUUUCAAUGUUUGCAGUUAUUGGCAUAUACUACAGCAACAAAUCUUGGACAGGGUACUUGCCCAUUAACUCCCAAUAUCUUUUUACCAACACUGGUGAAAGUUACAGUGUGAGUGCAAUAAUAAAUGAAAAUAGUUUGUUUGAUAACAAAAAGUAUCAAGAGAUUGGUCCACCAUUUUAUUCCGCUGGAAACCUAGUUACUUAUGGGUCUUUUUUCGCCUUGUACCCAUUUCACUUUGUUUACGAGAUUGGAACACAAUGGAGACCAAUGUACGAAGCUACAAAGUCAAUCUUGAAAGGAUUCAGGAAUAUUAGAAGAUCUGUCUAUGAAGGCUUAACAGAUCCACAUUCAGUGAUGAUGAAAGCUUAUCCAGAGGUACCAGAGUGGGCUUACACUAUUAUCUUGGUCAUCUCAUUGGUGUUGGCAAUCUUGUGUGUGAAAUUAUACCCUGCUGAAACUCCUGUCUGGGGUAUUUUUUUUGCUUUGGGUAUCAAUUUUGCAUUCUUGAUCCCUUUGACGAGUGUUUCUUCCAGAACAGGGUUCAGUUUUGGAUUGAAUGUGUUGGUCGAGUUGAUUGUUGGUUACGCAAUCCCCGGUAAUGGUCUCGCAUUGGCUUUUAUCAAAGCAUUGGGUUAUAACAUUGAUGGCCAGGCAAACAAUUUUGUUAAUGACCUAAAGCAAGGACAUUAUGCAAAAGUGCCACCUCGCGCCAUGUUUAGAACUCAAUUGUUGUCGGUAUUUGUUACUGCUUUCAUCCAGUUGGGAAUCUUGAACUAUCAAAUCACUGGCAUCAAAGAUUAUUGCGAUCCUUACAACAAGCAAAAAUUUUUUUGUUAUGGUACAAAUACAUUUUAUAAUGCUUCAGUGUUGUGGGGUGUCAUUGGUCCAAAGAGAGUGUUUGGGGGAUUAUACCCUAUUUUGAGAUACUGUUUCCUUAUUGGGUUCCUUGCUGGUUUGGUUUGUGUAGCCAUAAAGAGAUUAGCUCCAAGAAGAUACACCAAAUACUUUGAGCCAACGGUGUUUUUAGGUGCAUUCACUAGUUGGGCUCCAGGAAACUUGUCGUACAGUACAGGUGGAGUGUAUUUGGGUUAUGCAAUGAUGCACCAUGUGAAACGGAAGUAUGAAGCUUGGUGGCAGAAGUACAGCUAUCUCUUGGGUUCUGGAAUCCAAGCUGGUAUUGCCUUCUCCUCCAUCAUUAUUUACUUUGCUGUGCAGUACCAUGAGAAGGACGUCAAUUGGUGGGGCAACUCAGUAGGAACAUCCGGUUUGGAUUACCAAAUGAGAGUAUCUGGAUCAAGAUUAGAUAUUGCUGAUGCGCCUGAUGGCUAUUUUGGCCCAAGAAAGGGUCACUAUCCAUAA